AUGGUACCCCCUCCUACCUAUCCAUAUGGUAUGCCCGCUUGGUAUAACCCGCAAGCUGUCUGUGCUUAUCACUCGGGGGCACCCGGACAUUCCACUUUGGAUUGCAAGGCUCUUAAGCAUAAAGUUCAAGAUAUGAUUGAAUCUGGAGAAAUUGUAAUUAGAAAGAGGGAGACACAAGGGCCGAACGUAAAUAGAAACCCCUUGCCGGAACACGCUAAUAUCAUUGGGGUCAUUCUGGACGAAGCAGAGUAUGUGGAACAAGUCAAAAAAUUGGCGAGGGAAGCUGAAGUAUUUGGGGUCACAGACCAACCAUUUGUCAUAGAAUUGCCAUUCGAAGAGGAUGAAAAGCCUUUUAUCUUGGAUCUCACGCCAGCUGAGAGUGAGGCUUUGGAGCCAGUAGUCAUUGAAUUUCCGAAGCAGGAGCCUGUUUUGAGUCUGCAACAAGUGCCAUGGAACUACGAUGAGCCCGUCAUACCGAUUGGGGAAAAAUCAAUUGCGAAGAAGGAAGUGUCAGUGGUCACCAGAUCAGGGAAGAUUGCAAGUCCAUUUGAAACUACCAUUCCGAUUCAAGCAAAUAACUCCGAGCCGCCUGCUAAACCAACAAUCACCGAGAAAGAAGCCUUGGAUUUUCUUAAAAGGCUCCAGAGAAGCGAAUACAAUGUAAUCGAGAAGCUAAGCAAGUCACCUGCUCAGAUAUCCAUGUUGGACCUGCUCUUUUCAUCAGAUAUGCAUAGGGACGCGCUGAUCGAAGUAUUGACUAAAGCUCAAAUCCCUAAGGAUAUUUCAGUUGAUAAUUUCUCGCACGUGGUUGGAAGUGUGUUAUUUACCAAACAAAUUACUUUUUCUGACGAUGAAUUGCCGGUGGAAGGUAUUGGACAUAACAAGGCCCUAUACAUAGUUGUGAGGUGCAAUGGGAAAAUGCUGCCAAAGGUAUUGAUUGACAAUGGAUCUGCACUUAAUAUCUGUCCUUGGAGCACCUUGGAAAAGCUAGGGUUGCAAGACAUAAAGCUGAGGCCUUCAGGGACCAUAGUUCGAGGUUUUGAUGGAGCGCAAAGAGAGCCAAUAGGAGAAGUGGAUUUAGUCGUCGAGAUAUGGCCCGCCCAGUUUCAAAUAACCUGCCAAGUCAUGCACUUUCCUAGUGUUUACAAUGUUCUGCUUGGAAGGCCGUGGAUUCAUAAGUCUGGGGCUGUGCCUUCUUCAUUACAUCAAUUGAUGAAAUUUGUAGUAAAUGACAAGCUGAUAACUAUCUUUGCCGAGGAGGAUUGCCUUGUAAUUACCGAUUCUGAGUCCAAAGAAGAGAGUAGCCGAAAUGCCACCAUGACCCCUCAUAGCACGACUGAUAUUGUCUCCGUCAGUUGGAUAACAAGGGAGGAGCGAGCUCUAUCAAAGCCAGUGGAGAUUAUUGAGAAAAAGGAUUCGUUUGGUUUAGGCUUCCGACCGACUGCUAAGGAUAUCAGAGAAAUGAAGGAGCGCAAGAAAGCGGAGAAAGAAGGAAGGCAAAGGGCUCUUGACAUUCCACCCCUGCAUUAUACUUUCCUACGACCAGCCGAGGUGAUCAUGUCAGAAAUUAACCCAGUUGACGAAAUUGAAGCUAGUUUGUCCCAAUUGUUCGUUGGGGCAACAUUUGAAGACGAUUUUCCAGACGAAGCUGAAUUUCCUGACAUCCCUGAAGGAUCAAUUCCCAAUUGGACAGCCGAGUUUCUGCCCAUUCGGAAGGAGUUUCGGUAA